CUUGCUUCUGCUUUCUGCUGUUGGCGUACAUUUCAUAUUCUUUGUUGCUUGACUGCCUGUUGAAAGGGCGUAACUGACUGCAACCAUACGAGCCUUACUCCCACCUUUUCCCCCGCGUUCUGUCCAAUUCUGGUCAAACACUCCGCCGCGCUCUUUUCUCCUGCUCAACAACUAGCUGUGAAUAUCUGUCGGAUUAUCUGGCAAGAUGGCUCCUGAAAGAGCUGGGAAGAGCGUGUUCCUCGGGAAUAUUCCGUACAAUCUCACCGAGGAACAGGUCAAAGAUAUCCUGAGCUCUGCCGGCACGGUCACCAAAUUUCGCUUGAUGAUGAACCCCGAUACUGGAAAGCCCAAAAGGAUAUGGAUUUGCCGACUUUGCCGAUGCGACGCGGCGGCCUCCGCAGUGCGCAAUUUGAACGAUUACGAGAUCAUGGGCCGCAAAAUACGCGUGGAUUGGCCGCACAACAACGAGAAGGACUCUCUCCAGGGCCAAGACGGUCAAUCAGGCGCGCAGCAGCAAUCUGCGCCGCUGCCUCCCCUGCCACCCGGCGUGGAAUUGCCCCCGCAUCUGGACUGCCCGAACGCCAUCUCCCAAACACUCUCCUCGCUCGCCCCCAACCAGCUUCUCGAUGUCCUCUCCCAGAUGAAGUCCCUGUCGAUGGCGGACCCGGUUCGAGCCGCAGAGCUUCUGCGCCAGGCGCCUCAACUAUCAUACGCGAUGUUCCAGGCUAUGCUCCUAAUGAACCUCGUCGACUACAGCACGCUCGGCUCAGUGGUGGAACAAGCGGCGCAACCAGCAGCGGCAGCCCCUCCUCCGGCUGCGCAGCCCUUCCAGCCCUUCUCGGCCGUUCCGGGCCAGCGGAGUCAGAUCAUGGUGCUGCGGCAGCAGCUGAUGCAGGGUGCCAUGCGAUAGUAAUGUCGAUUUGAUGAUAUGAUUGCGAUGUCGGUACGGG